CUUCAUCACAUGCCACACCAAAGCGAGGACCUUGCAGAGCCCCAUCCCCUUCCGGUCACAAUGGCUUCAUCACAUCCCGCGCAGAUGCUUUGGCGCGUCUCAGUAUCUCAAGGCCAACAACGCGCCUGGGGGUGACGGAGGCCCGAAAUUACAGCCCGAACUCUCCCAGCAUGGGGUUUUCAUGGGCACUGUGGCUGUUCAGACGCCUCAGGACACCAACAUACGGGAAGUCAUCUCCAAGAUCAACCCUGAGCCACGCGGAAAGCCAUCUCGGCCGAACGAGGCGCCCUCACUCCUGGUGCUGCUUGUGACGCCAUCAUUCGCACAGCAUGCGCUGGACACUGACCUUCCACUCAAAGUAUUAGAGCGCUUUCAGGAGAAUCCCACAAUCUCUAAGCCGCUCGAUGCCCUCAUUGCUGUCGUGGAUCGCCUACCCGUGCCACGAAAUGCACCAGAUGGUGUCGAGGGCAUAGGGUAUGCGUUCAUCACAAAUCCGUCGCCAUCUCACGUGGAUUCCCAAUUGCCACUCCAGCCAAACGCAAGUAAACCCGGUUCGUUGUCAUUUGACUUGUCUACAGUGUCACAUCAUGGUCCACGUCGUGUUAUUGCUCAGAUGCCCUUGGCCCAGACCAUCUUCAGUACAGGGCUGCCAUCCACUCUGAUCUACACGCGGUAUCAAUUUGAUCCGCUGAGCGGACAUCUACGGACGCAGACUUCACAGCGCUUAGAGUCAGUGACUCUUCCCAUGCCCGAAGAUGUCUCAGCUGGGUCUGUACGCUUGCGAGCACCUCUGAUUCCCCUUACCUUCCCCAGGCUCGUCGUCAGCUCCAUGGGAAACAUCGUGCGGAAGCUGUCGCCCUUGCCCCAACCCCACGAGAACAACUCUGCUGAGUCGAAUUCCGGCGAUGGCCAAGCGGCAAGCCCAACUGUGUUCUCUGCCUCGCAAGAGCUGGAAGCAGCCGUUUCCACGUACUUUGCGGCUAGAGGGAUGUCGCCUGAGCCUGUACAAGUGUGGGCUCUAAUCAUGCCUGAAGAUGCCGGCCAGAAAUACCCAUUCAGGAGCCUUCUUAACUCUGUUCUGAAGAACAAUGCGAAAGCGAUCCAGCAGAUGAUGGUAGAUGAUCGUACCAAUCCGAUGGCUUCAGGCCGCUUGCUGGGUGCGCUGUCGGUCGGGGCUAGAUUAUGCAAAGUUCUGUCCGGUGGAGGCGGCUGGGGCAAAAAAGCAGGCCUCCUGAGUCUAGACCCGGACUCGCAGUAUAGCACUCGCGAAUUGCGUGGCGACCAUGGUUGGGACUUUACCUUCGAGGGUGAUACUACAGAGGAAAUGAUGGCAGCUGGGAGGAAGCAAGCACUGGGCGAGAUCGUGAAAGAAGGCGAAAGGAUUGUCUUCUUUUUGCUUGGUCCAAAGAAUCUCUUGAAGGAUCCCGGUGCUGAUGCUUCCAGCUACUUCCCUGCUUUUGUGCUGGGUGCCCUUCCUUCCAGCACCGAGAAUGAGCAGUUCGAUGCGGAGGCUCGGCAUGAAUCAGGUGAAGCGGCGGGAUUGACACACUACCCUUGGCGGUUUGGAGCGCUCAGCGAAGGCGGAAUGGCCUUGAAUGUGUCCCAGCCCGGAGGCCCGACGACCCAGACAAAGGUAGACGCGCCGUAUGCUGUGAUGACCGCAUACUGUUUCCGAGAAGAGAAGCCAGUCGCGGAACUCAACAAGUGACUAGCUGCUGGAAGACCGAAGAAGAGCAGGCAGAAAGGGCGCGGCCGCGCAGAGGGUGAAUACUUGUACAGCUGGCGGUCUGAGCUUCCUACACCCAGAGAUGAAAGCAUAGAGUCAUACACGAACAACAGCGAUGAAAUGUCACAACCAGCCAGAGCGUGCGAGACUCUGCCAACCCUCUCACCCAGACGUGCGCCUGCUGCUACGAAGAUGGCGCGGAGUCGAGAUGGAACACGAUCGCCUCUGCCGGAGGACAAGAUAGAUAUUGUCCGCCCAUGUACUUCUGGUCCACUUCGAUUGAAGAAGAUUUACCGAGAAAGUAUUACCAAAUAUGCAUACGACUGGAGGCCUCAAUACCCUGCAACAAGCAAGAAGCGCCCACGUUCGCGUAGUGUCAGCAGAAGCGAGACCGUGCAAUCGGUCCGGUCGGACGAGGCUGUGUCCGUCGUCAUGAUCAGGAACGAACCCGCAGUGCGCCCCCUACGAACACACGCCGAUGUAAAGGAGACAGUGCCAUCCAUGUCUGAUGAGACGGUGUCACAUAUCUACGCCAAACCUAUCAUCCACAAAGUCAUGGUCACAUCGACCCUUGACUGCAAAUGCCUUACUGAUGAGACUGUGCAAGCUGUUCACGCUCGGCGUAUCGUCCGCAGACUUAUAUCGAGCCGUUUCUGGAGACGCACACGUUCGACACCGAAGCGUGAAAAAUUGGUCAAGAGAGUGAAAAGUACGGAUCGUAAAUCUGAGGAAACGUGGUCUUUACUCUGGGAGGGAGAAACAUCGCCACCUGGUCCUACACAGGAAUUGCGUCGUGGUGCGAUUGACGAACAAUAUGCAGAUCAACUGGCUGCCGAUGCAGAAGCGUUUUUUAAUCUGCCUGAUUGUGAUAGCGAUCAGAGUAGCUGGGGUGAGAAGUGAUUUUGUCUACCAAAUAAUGUGAGAUACAUGUAAAACAGCUUGCGAGCAUAUGCACAGGGUUGCUGUUCAGGUACAGUAGUGAUAAAAAUAAUGAGCAACGAGAGAGGAGAGGGGAGGAGUUGUGUCGGAGGGAAAGGAUCGGCAGCCUCGGCUAUAUUCCAGCGUUCCAACCCCCCAACCUAGGUGAACGCCAAAGUACAUGUACGGAGGUAGUAGUGUUGAUGACUAUUUGAUCAUUUCAAUACAGUUGCUCACAGGCGACUGCAUACAACGUAUUAGAUGAAAUUACC